AGUCCAGAUUAAUUCUGCUCCUGGAUUUAUAUAUCCGGGACUGGGACUGGACCAAUUCCCGCCAAAUGAAUCUCCAAGGGACAAAUCUAUUAAACAAGCUACACAGCUAGCGUUUUCGUCAACAGCUCGCGGAUGGCUUCAAUGUCUUGUAAGCUCUAUUCAGAUGAUGUUAGUCUGCUGGUCGUGCUGCUUGACACAAAUCCCUUUUUCUGGAGUUCUUCUUCGCUCUCUUUCCAUCAAUUUCUCUCUCACGUACUUGCUUUUUUGAACUCAGUUUUGUGCUUAAAUCAAUUGAACCAAGUCGUUGUUAUUGCUACUGGAUAUAAUUCCUGUGAUUAUAUUUAUGAUUCGUCUUUGGCUUCGAACCGGACCUAUGAGAGUGGGGGAAUGCCUGCUAUCUUUGCCGGCUUGUUGCAAAAAUUGGAAGAAUUUGUGAUGAAGGACGAGACAUUGAGCAAGGAAGAGCCAGAGGGGAGGAUAGCGUCGUCCCUAUUGUCAGGGUCAUUAUCAAUGGCUCUUUGUUAUAUACAGAGAGUUUUUCGUUCUGGACCACUCCAUCCUCAACCCAGAAUUUUAUGCUUGCAGGGAUCUCCAGAUGGACCUGAACAGUAUGUUUCAGUCAUGAAUUCUAUAUUCUCUGCCCAGCACUCCAUGGUUCCUAUAGAUUCUUGUUAUAUAGGUCCUCAGAAUUCUGCUUUCUUGCAGCAGGCUUCCUAUAUAACUGGUGGUGUACAUCACAAACCUCAACAAUUGGAUGGCUUGUUUCAAUAUCUCACGACAAUUUUUGCAACUGAUUUGCAUUCUCGCAGUUUCAUACAACUUCCGAAGCCUGUUGGUGUUGAUUUCCGUGCCUCGUGUUUUUGCCACAAGAAUACAAUUGACAUGGGCUACAUCUGUUCUGUAUGUUUGUCCAUAUUCUGUAAGCAUCAAAAAAAAUGUUCAACCUGUGGGUCAGUAUUUGGUCAAUCCCAAGUAGAAGCUACCAACACGUCAAAUCUAAAGAGAAAGACUCCAGAAUCAUAAUAUAUAUCCUCCUGUGAAGCAUAGAAAGUAACUUCUCUCCAUCCAUAUGGUGCAUUGUCAGAGGAAAUGUUUUUGAUCUCCAUUAUAUAGUGCUUUUUCUAGUUUAUAAAAUUAUAACUAUGAGCAAAGGUCUGUUUACUCCGGUAAUUUUGACUGCAGACUAGAAACUGUGUUAAUGUGCGCGGAGGGUGGAGCAAAUUUUCUUCUAGAUAAUGGCGACAUGCUUAAUGGAAUCUUUAAAUUAUUUUGUCAAUUUGUUUUAUUAAAUGGUGACAUUGCAUUUCAUGGACAACCUCUUGAUCUUCUUUCCUGAGUAUGCAGUGUGAUUCUUCACUCUGUCACUGCUAAAUUGCUAAUACAACAAGAAAGAAAUUUUCAGCAAGGAGUGGCUUCCCAGCAGAAUACUAAGAUCGUGUCGUUCAUGAAGUCAGGUGCUAGCACUUUGAAAGGAUUUUGGACUGAUUUUUGUCAUACAUUUUGGAAUGCAUAGAGUUGGUUACCUCCUCUCUCCCGGCUAUUUACUUGGUACUUUUCACAAACGAGUCUGGUCUAUUGAAUGUAGUACUUCAAAAUUGGUGAAAUAUUAUAUCGUUAUGAAUUUAUUUCAUUGGUGGCAAUGUUGAGUCACUUUAUUCAAUUAUGACCUUUAGAAGGAAAAAAACAAACUAGAAUGUUAGUCUUCUGAAACUCCGACUCCUACCCGUUGGGGGGUGUGUCUAGAGUUAACUAUGUAUCUUUAUUGAAAUUAUUGUUCCACUGUGCGGGAAGUAUCUGUGGAGCAACAUUGAGAAAUCAAGGCAGUUGAAAUUAUCUUAUGGUUUA